AUGACCACCCAUAGCAGCUACAAGGUGGUUGAGCAGCCGAUGGGCACGGCGCGGCCGAUCCGCAUCAUCACGAUCGGAGCCGGAGCCAGCGGGCUCAACGUGGCGCGCAACGUCAAGGAGCACAUGCAGAACGUGGAGCUGCAGAUAUACGAGAAGGACGGAGCUGUCGGGGGGACCUGGCUGGAGAACAGCUACCCGGGCUGUGCCUGCGACAUUCCGAGCCACAACUACCAGUACUCGUGGGAGCCAAAUCCGACUUGGACGGACUACUACGCAUCGCAGCCCGAGAUCCUGGCCUACUUUACGCGGGCAGCCGAGAAACACGGGUUGCUGCCGUACGUGAGAUUCGGUCAGCGCGUCACUGAGGCCGUCUGGCACGAGGACGAGGGCCUGUGGCGCUUCCAGAUCGAGGAUGUGGCCACAGGGACGCAACAUGCCGACUAUGGACACUUCUUCAUCAACGCCAGCGGUUACCUCAACAACUGGAAGUGGCCGGCUAUUGACGGGCUGCACUCGUUUGGUGGCACGCUGCUGCACAGCGCUGCCUGGGACGACCAGAUCGACCUCCACGACAAGACCGUGGCCGUGAUCGGCUACGGGUCCAGCGGCAUUCAGGUCGUCACGGCGCUGCAGCCGGUGGUCAAGCAUCUGACAACGUUUAUCCGGGGGCCAACGUGGAUCACUGCUGGUUUUGGCAGCAAGUAUGCUGCUCCCGGCGGCCUGAACUUUGCCUUUUCCGACGAGCAGAAGCAGCACUUUGCGUCCGAUCCGGCUGCCUACUUGGCCUACCGCAAAGGCGUCGAGCACGAGCUGUCGAGCCGGUUCCGUAUGCUGCAUGCAGACACGCCCGAGCAGGCGGCUGCAGUGGCCUUUUCGCGUGCCGACAUGCGGCGGCGGCUGGGCGUCAGCGACGAGACAUCCGCAGCAGCUACAGCGGUGAACCCGCGCAACAAGGCGCUGGCCGACUUUCUGAUCCCAGACUUCCCCGUUGGCUGUCGCCGUCCUUCGCCCGGCAACGGCUACCUCGAGGCACUCUCGGCUGACAACGUGCGCGUCAUCACGGGCACGGAGAUUGUCCGUGUCGAGCCUGACGGCCUCGUCAUGGCUGGCUCUGGUGAAAAGGUUGCGGUCGAUGUCAUCGUCUGUGCCACCGGCUUCGACCUCUCCUUCCGACCGCGCUUCCCCAUUGUCGGCCGUGGUGGCGUCGACCUGAGCGACGCCUGGGCUGAACGCCCGACUGCCUAUCUCUCCAUGACGCCUGCCGACAUGCCCAACUACUUUAUGUUCCUCGGCCCCAACGCGCCCGUUGGCCACGGCUCCGCCAUCCCCAUCAUCGAGCACCUCACAAAGUAUAUGCUCCGGAUGGUCCACAAGGCCCAGACCGAGGGCUAUCGAGCCUUUUGUCCACGACCGGCCGCUAUCGACGAGUUCGUCCAACACGCCGAUGCUUUUCUUCCACGCACUGCCUGGGCCGGAAAAUGUCGCAGCUGGUUCAAGAACGGUCGCGAGUCCGGCCCCGUUACCGGCCUCCACCCUGGCAGCCGUCUGCACUGGUUUCACCUGCUUCGUGAGCCCCGCUACGAGGACUGGGACUGGACCUCCUGCAGCCCUAACCGCUGGGCCUAUCUCGGCAACGGCUUCUCCGUCAUGGAGGCCGAGGACCGCGAUCUCACCUGGUACUUUGACGCGCCCGAGAAGGAGUACGAGGCCUUUGUGUAUUGA